UUUCCGUCAUCGUCUCUCUCUCUCUCUUUCUCUCGUCGUAUCGGAGACGAAGAAGCGUCGAGGUCGAAGGAAGGGGGGAUGAGCGGUCACGAUUCCAAAUACUUUUCUACAACCAAGAAGGGAGAGAUCCCCGAGCUCAAGGAUGAGCUCAAUUCCCAGUACAAGGAUAAGAGAAAAGAUGCUGUCAAGAAGGUGAUAGCUGCAAUGACGGUUGGAAAGGAUGUUUCAUCACUUUUCACCGACGUAGUCAAUUGCAUGCAAACGGAAAAUUUGGAGCUGAAGAAGCUUGUUUACUUAUAUCUCAUAAAUUACGCGAAAAGCCAGCCAGAUCUUGCUAUUCUUGCUGUAAAUACUUUUGUAAAGGAUUCGCAGGAUCCAAAUCCCUUGAUCCGUGCUUUGGCUGUACGGACUAUGGGCUGCAUUCGUGUGGAUAAAAUCACCGAAUAUCUCUGUGAUCCUCUUCAGAAGUGCCUCAAGGAUGAUGAUCCAUACGUCCGGAAGACAGCAGCUAUAUGUGUCGCUAAGCUUUACGAUUUAAAUGCUGAAUUAGUUGAGGAUAGGGGUUUCCUCGAUGCCUUGAAGGAUUUGAUAUCUGACAACAAUCCAAUGGUUGUUGCAAAUGCUGUAGCAGCCCUUGCAGAGAUCCAAGAGAAUAGUACUAGGCCUAUGUUUGAAGUGACUAGUGCUACCCUUACAAAGCUCCUUACCGCUCUAAAUGAGUGCACAGAGUGGGGUCAAGUUUUUAUACUAGAUGCUUUGUCUAGGUAUAAGUCAACUGACCCUCGUGAAGCUGAAAACAUUGUUGAGAGAGUCACUCCAAGGUUGCAACAUGCCAAUUGUGCUGUUGUGCUCUCAGCUGUUAAGAUGAUCCUUCAGCAAAUGGAACUUAUUACUAGUACAGAUGUAAUUCGAAAUCUUUGCAAGAAGAUGGCUCCGCCUCUUGUUACAUUGCUUUCUGCGGAACCCGAGAUACAAUAUGUUGCACUUCGUAACAUUAACCUUAUAGUCCAGAAGCGACCCACCAUCCUUGCCCAUGAAAUAAAGGUAUUCUUCUGCAAGUACAACGAUCCGAUUUAUGUUAAGAUGGAGAAGCUGGAAAUUAUGAUAAAGCUUGCUUCUGACAGAAACAUAGACCAGGUUCUUCUGGAGUUCAAAGAGUAUGCCACGGAAGUUGAUGUUGAUUUUGUUAGAAAAGCUGUUCGUGCUAUAGGCCGUUGUGCCAUCAAACUAGAAAGAGCAGCCGAGCGUUGCAUCAGUGUUUUGCUUGAGUUAAUCAAGAUCAAAGUGAAUUACGUUGUUCAAGAGGCUAUCAUAGUCAUCAAAGAUAUCUUCAGAAGAUAUCCAAACACGUAUGAAUCGAUUAUUGCAACACUGUGUGAGAGUUUAGACACUUUGGAUGAACCAGAAGCUAAGGCAUCUAUGAUAUGGAUCAUCGGUGAAUAUGCUGAAAGAAUUGACAAUGCCGAUGAACUUCUUGAAAGCUUCCUGGAGAGUUUCCCUGAGGAACCUCCACAGGUCCAGCUGCAGUUGUUAACAGCUACCGUCAAGCUAUUCUUGAAGAAGCCGACAGAAGGCCCUCAGCAAAUGAUUCAGGUUGUCUUGAAUAACGCGACUGUGGAGACAGACAAUCCUGAUCUCAGAGAUCGUGCCUACAUAUACUGGCGUCUUCUAUCCACCGAUCCCGAGGCGGCUAAGGAUGUUGUUCUGGCUGAAAAGCCUGUGAUUACUGAUGAUUCAAACCAGCUCGAUGCAUCACUCUUAGACGAGCUCCUCGCAAAUAUUGCUACUUUGUCCUCUGUAUAUCACAAACCACCAGAGGCCUUCAUGACCCGGUUGAAGACCACAGUUCAGAAAACUGAAGAUGAGGACUAUGCCGAGGGAAGUGAAGCAGGAUACUCUGAGACAUCUUCUCACCCGGUCGAUGGUGCAGCUUCUCCUCCAGCCGCCGCAAGUAAUGUUCCUCAGGAUGCAUCAUCAAGACAACCAGCUCCUGCUUCUGUUCCUGAUCUGUUAGGUGACUUGAUUGGAUUAGAUAAUGCCUCGGCAAUUGUCCCAUCUGAUCAACCCACAACUCCAUCUGGUCCCUCAUUGCCUGUUCUGCUCCCAGCAUCGACUGGUCAAGGUCUGCAGAUUAGCGGUCAGCUAAACCGAAGGGAUGGACAAGUAUUCUACAGCAUGCUUUUCGAGAACAACUCGCAGAUUCCGCUUGAUGGCUUCAUGAUUCAAUUCAACAAGAACACGUUUGGGCUUGCAGCUGCCGGACCUCUUCAGAUUCCGACUCUGCAACCCGGAACUUCUGCCAGGACGAUGCUGCCUAUGGUAUUGUUUCAGAACAUGUCUGGCGGUCCUCCCAGCUUGCUUUUGCAAGUCGCGGUGAAAAACAAUCAGCAACCGGUCUGGUAUUUCAACGAUAAGAUCUUACUCGCUGCCCUUUUCACGGAAGAUGGCAGGAUGGAACGUGGAAACUUCCUCGAGACAUGGAGAUCGUUGCCAGACUCAAACGAGGUUCAGAAGGAAUUCCAAGGGAUCACAAUCUCAAGCGUGGAAUCAACGCUGGAUUUACUCGCAGCGUUGAACAUGUUUUUUAUAGCGAAGCGUAAGAACGGGAACCAGGACGUGCUUUACCUAUCUGCAAAGCUUCCGAGAGGCGUACCUUUCCUGAUCGAACUCACAGCCUUCGUGGGGAAUCAAGGCCUCAAAUGCGCCGUCAAGACUCCCUCACCGGAGAUGGCCCCUCUCUUCUUCGAAUCCCUCGAACAUAUUCUCCUCAAUGCUUGAUGGUGAUUCUUCAAGGUUAACCCAGUGAUGAAAGGUCAUUCCUUAUUCUUCCUUUUUUUUUUUUUGCCGACUAUCCUUUCUCCAGUUUCAGUUUAGUGUAUGUAAUGUAUUGCCAACCUUAAGCUGCUAAGUAUCAUAUUUUUUGGGUGUGUUUGUGUUGGGGAAAUGAGCCCUUGAUGUUGAUUGUUUUUUUUUUUGUGACUGAAUUUAAUCUGUGUAAUCUCCAAAAAAUUUGCCAUUUUUUUAAACUUU